CUCUCCCCCCCCCCUCUCUCUCUCUCACCUAAACCUAGUUCAUUUUGAUUGUUAGAGGAGAGGGUGAACUCAAGAAGAAGAAGAAUACCACAUCAGAGAAAGCUCUCGAGAAUUCUGAUUCGUUAUAUUUUGGUAGCAACGUAGAAGAAGAUCACUAAAAGGAGGAAGAGGAAGAAGAUGACUCCAGCUAAUUUGACAGGGCAAUUCGGUGACACCACUUACACUAAGGUGUUUGUUGGAGGUCUGGCUUGGGAGACUCACAAGGAUACCAUGAAGAAGUACUUUGACCAAUUCGGUGACAUCUUGGAGGCUGUCGUCAUCUCCGAUAAGGCCACCGGCAGAUCUAAAGGCUAUGGAUUCGUGACGUUUAAAGAACCGGAUGCGGCCAUGAGAGCUUGCGUGGAUGCGGCUCCAGUGAUCGACGGGCGAAGGGCUAACUGCAACCUUGCUUCUUUGGGUGUUCAAAGAUCCAAGCCCUCUACUCCAAAACAUGGCAGGAAUUUCAGGGUAAUGAGCACAUUCCAUACGGGGUUUGGAGGAGGGGUGGGAAAUGCAACAGCUUUUGCUUCGGCAGCAACCUUCCCCCCUCAUUAUGCCAUCCAACAAGGGAUCCCUUGUAAUCUUUAUGGGUACUCUUCAUUCUCGCCGGAUUACUCUAAUUAUCCCACAAGCUACAACAACGUGUAUGGAGGGGCCGCUGCACAGUUCCCUAUGUAUGGUGCCGGGCCGGGUGGGUUGAUCACUGGUGCGGGAACAACAUUCUACCCUUAUCUUCAAUUCGGAGAAGGAACCGGGGGCGGAGCCACCACCUACUCUUCCGGCCAAGGAUAUGGUGUUCAGUAUCCACAUCACCUUUUUCAGUUCUCUACUGGGAGUUACCCACAGAACUAUGGUGCACCAAUGUCUCUUGCUCCUACUCCACCCUUGCAAUCAGGCGUGACCAUGUCUCUUCAUGCAUCUGCAAUCCCACAUCAUUGAAGAGACUCAUUCCAAGCGUAGCUAGCUUCUGGGAAAGUUACUCAGCUGCUCUAAAUUCCACCUUUGGUCUAACCAUGGUUCUAUUUCUCCCUCUAACUCGAAUCAAAGGCCCAGCCCAAGGUUGGCAUCUGGGCCUUUGAACACUGGAAAUACCCCCCAUAGGGGCACCACCUCCGGAACUGGAGGGUCAUGCAUGUUUAUUUUUCCUAUUGCAUCGUUUUCAAGCAAGGGUUCCAAGAAGAUAACCAAAGCAUUUUUAUCUAAAUCCCAAUUUCAGCUAUCGGAUCAGCUAAGUUGGGAAAAGUUUUUGUGCCCUGGAAAAAAGGCAGACAAAAAAGACUUUUUUGUUACUUUUAGCCUAGGCAAGGCUCAUAAACAAAACAAAAUGGUUUGCAAUAACUGUAAUUUUCAACAAAAGAAAAAGCAAGCCUCACAUGAAUGGCUAAUCACCUCUUUUGACAAUGAGGCAGUUUUUAGCAAAAAAAACCUGAGGGCAUUGUAUGUCCCCAAGUUAUUUUUUCCCUUUUUUGUUCAUUGACAUUUAGUCAUAGGGGCUUAGAAACUAGGAGUUCAUGUGGUCAUAUUUUUACAAAUAUGUGUUUUUUUCAAGAAUCGUCACUUCAGAUCUUAUUAUAAUAUGUCUGAAGCAAACACUGUCUUCUCUUAGAGAAAGAGAAGAUGAUGUUUUACUAACACUUGUGUGUAUUGUAAAUUCAGUGUGGCUAAACUUUGGGAAGUAUUAGCCCUUUUGCAUUUAGUAGCAUAACUCCAUGAAUGAAUAUGGACCUGAAAGCAUUAUGCAUGCAACCCUAGGAGAUAUUUGGGUUCCUUAGGGUUCUUCUCUUCUAACGGACCGACCAUGGUUAGGACUUAGGUAAUUCCUCAUCGCUUUACCUUUCCUUUUUCCUCCAUCUCUUCUUCACUGUUGAACUUGUUAAUCUUUAUGUAUGUGUAAGCCUAUGGAUUUGGAUUGUAAACUAGCUAGGGAUAUUCUUCUCCAUCCAUGACCGUGAUGAUGCGUGGUUUGAGAAUGAAUUUGCUACUUUGAAAUAUGCUUUUAUUUCAGACUCUUUACGUCUAUGCUGCUAAUGCUUUGUCCUU